AACUGUCCGCCAUACCCCGCUUGAGUUUGCAGUAGAGUACGCCAGGGCAACACGGCUGUAUUAUAUAACUUUAAUGUAGCCUACUAGUGUAAUGGCGCAAGAGCAGAAUAUUGCGCCGCAGAUCUGUCGAUUCGUUGUGGAUUAAUCCUGAAAUCGCGAGCAAGUGACCGACCGAACACUUUUUCCACCUACCGGCGACGUGCGUUAAAAGUUAUCGACAGAUCGGCGAAACGGCGCACACGGUGGAUCUCGCCCCUCUUCAGCUAGGUCAGCGACUCUGUCGACUUUAAUUAUAAAAUAGUUGACAUUUCGGACGAUGUUUUCCUGCCACACCAGGAAACAGGUCGCAACAAAUACAUCUGAGAUUUGACCACGCAACAUCACUGCAAGAAAGAGGUUUUAUUUGAGGGCUUGACUGGGUGGACAUUGCGUUAUUUCUCACAUUUCCCCCCCAACUUGGAUUGACGGGAGAUGACCUAACGAACGGGGCGCAUCCUUCGUUCACUACAGGAUAAAGAAAUGGAUCAGGGUGGAUUGAAGCGCAAUGGUAAUCGAGGCGACAGCCUGACAUUUGGGGAGACAGGCAGAGAUACAGGUGACACAGCUGGUUCACUGCUCCAGUCUGCAAUGCACCUGCCUGGCCCAGCGUCUUUGCCCCAGCCCACAGUGGCCCCAAAUGGACGGGGUGGAACCAAAGACCAGGGGCAACUUGGAGGCCUUUUUGAGUCCCCUCAGCAUCCUGUCCUGUGUGAGGGGUCAGAUGUGGAGGAGGGUAAAAUCAUCAGAAUGCAGAAACAACAACAACAACAACAACACCACCAGGAUAUCAGCAUAUUCGGCAUGGAGGACAACUUGUUGAAACAGAGUAUUUCUGGUGUCGACCGGAUGCCCACUUCUAUCAUCAAUACCUCUACCUCCUCCGUCCUGGGCAACCUCCCUCUGCCCAACCUUUUUGCCCAGCACAUCAAGCAGGAGGGGAAUUUUUCUCUGGAUAAAGACUUGGGAGCUUACAGUGGGCACACAGGCGCUGGUCCGUGUGAUUUGGAUGGCAACAGCAGUCGCCUAAUCGAUGAUACUGAGAUUUGGCAAGACCUGGACCUUUCUAGCUCUCUGCCAGAUAUAAGUGAUUUUGAGUUGGAUUCAGAAGUGGCACACUUGGAUAACAUUUUACACGACAGCAGGGGCAGUGGUGGUGCUGUCGGCGGCUUGCUAAAGGAAACAAAGUCUCACAUGGGUAACGGAGUAAGCAGUACCAGUCUGAAUGGCACAGACCAGCAGCAGCACCCCAUACACCAUCAGCAUCACCAUCAGCAGCAGCCCCACCACCUUCUUCAGCACCAGCAAAAUCAGCUUCAUCAUCAACAGGAGCCUGCAUCGCUUCUGUCCAGCGUCAUGAUCAAGGAAGAGAAGGAUCCUGACGAUUCUUUCAUCCACAUCCAUACUCCUGGUGUGGUCAAACAGGAGAAGCAGGAGAGCACUGAUUUCUGCCAGUCGCAGUGUCUUCAGAGCAGCCUGGGCGCUCUCCAUGGAACAGGCCCCAUGUCCUCGCCUAUGGGCGUCAGUGCAGGACCUGGCUACCAGUACAGAGCCAGCCCAUCCCCCACUGUGGGCCUGCAAGACCAGAAGCCUUUUGGCAUGUACUCAAACCUGCCUCUGGUGGGCGAGAGCUGGGCCGGGGGGAACAGGUAUGGAGAGUCGCCUGGAAUACAGAGGGGUGACGAUGGGCUCCCCACUGCUUUUACUCUCAGCUUUUCCAGAACAGGAGAGGCCAGCAGUUCUGUGGUGCCAGGCCAAACCAAACCCAGUGGGCAGACCCAUAAGAUCUGUUUGGUGUGUUCAGACGAGGCCUCGGGAUGCCACUACGGGGUUGUAACCUGCGGUAGCUGCAAAGUUUUCUUCAAGAGGGCUGUCGAAGGAUGGAGAGCACGACAAAACACAGAUGGCCAGCACAACUACCUGUGUGCAGGGAGAAAUGACUGCAUCAUCGAUAAAAUCCGGAGGAAGAAUUGCCCAGCCUGCCGCUUCAGGAAAUGUCUUCAAGCCGGAAUGAACUUGGAAGCAAGGAAAAACAAGAAGCUGAUCAAGAUGAAAGUGCAGCGGCCCAUUGGAUCAUCAGAGCCUAUCAGCAACAUGCCUGUUCCAGUCAUCCCCAGGUGCAUGCCCCAGCUUGUGCCCACCAUGCUGUCUGUGCUGAAGGCCAUCGAGCCAGAGAUCAUCUACUCGGGCUAUGACAGCACACUGCCUGACACCUCCUCACGACUCAUGACCACCCUCAACAGGCUGGGUGGGCAGCAGGUCAUCUCUGCAGUCAAGUGGGCCAAGUCACUGCCAGGCUUCCGCAACCUGCACCUGGAUGACCAGAUGACAUUGCUGCAGUGCUCCUGGCUCUUCCUCAUGUCCUUCAGUCUUGGUUGGAGGUCGUACGAGCAGUGUAACGGAAGCAUGCUCUGCUUCGCCCCUGAUCUCGUCAUCAACCAAGAGCGCAUGAAGCUGCCCUUCAUGAACGACCAGUGCGAGCAGAUGCUGAAGAUCUGUAAUGAGUUUGUCAGACUGCAGGUGUCCUAUGAUGAGUACCUGUGCAUGAAGGUCCUGUUACUGCUCAGUACAGUACCGAAAGAUGGCCUGAAGAGCCAGGCGGUGUUUGACGAGAUCAGGAUGACAUACAUCAAGGAGCUGGGAAAAGCCAUCGUCAAGAGAGAGGAGAACGCUAGUCAGAACUGGCAGCGCUUCUACCAGCUAACUAAGCUACUGGACUCCAUGCAGGAGAUGGUUGAGGGUCUUCUCCAGAUCUGUUUCUACACCUUUGUGAAUAAAACCCUCAGCGUGGAAUUCCCGGAGAUGCUGGCGGAGAUCAUCACCAACCAGAUACCAAAAUUCAAAGAUGGGAGCGUCAAGCCUCUGCUGUUUCAUCAGAAAUGACUGCCUUAAAACUGUGAAGCAAUGCCUUAAAUCCUGCCCUGCCCGUGUUCCUCUCUAAGCCCCCAAGCUUUGGCCCCGAGCCCUAAGCCUUUGCUUGUCCUGCCUCCCCCAUCACUGAUUCGACUCCUCGGUUUUCCCCUGCACCCUCUAGGAAUUCUGCCACGUCCCUCCAAGGCCUCAGCCGUUCAGCUUAAUCCCGGAGCACAAUACCUGUGGUGUCACACCUCCUAAUCUGCUCCAAGGUUUGGCCAAACUACGGUAGGACACCCUAUCGCCAACCCUUAGCCCUUCCUCUUAACCAAGGAGAAAAUGUCUCGUGGGCAGGAUGCAUUUUGCGUCUGUUUUUUUGUUUUUUUCCGAGCCCCCUCCUCCGUCCACAGCCUUGUCCUCAGGUCUCUAAUGCUGUUUCUUUUGGUGGCAGCCUGCAUCUUACUCUCUCCUGUCUGCCUCCAGUGUUUCGUUGCUGUUUUCACUGACAGGCCAACACCUAGAAACACCUUUCCUCCCUCAACAUGACACCUAAUAUAUUGUUCAACUCUCCGGAUUAGCAACUUAUUGAAGCGCUCCCCAAGUUCAAGCCUACUGCUCACCAGCCCAGCUUGUCUCCAUUUGCCCUUCCCAGCUCCAAUGCGCAGAGAAUGUAGUGAGUGUUCGCUUGUUGUGGUUUCCAGAGGACUGGUGGCGAUGAAGGGGAUAAACAAAAACACAGAAAAAUUAGAAACAUACUCUGACAUGAGAGAAUCUUGUUUUUCUUGUGGACCCAAGGAGAUUAAGGGUGAACUAUUUUCCGCUGUGAAUCAGUUGUCUUUUCUGAAAUGUCGUAAAUCAGAUUUAUAUACCUGACCAAUGGAAGAAGAAAAAAAAAACAGCUAAAGGAAUAUUCUUCAUUUAUUUUAUGCAGACACGCAUUUCUGACCAUACAUGCAAAAGUCACGCAUACACACAAACAUACAAAGUAUAUGAUGACACACAUUCACUCAGCAAAAUGUUUACACAGGAUGUACUGAGAAGGGAAAACCAGUGCCUUUUAGCUUUUACAGCUCUUCAUAGCCAUUCUCUAGAAACUGUUGUUUUUUUUUGCAUAACAAUAUAACCUUGACAUCCUUUGAUUGACUGCUUUAUUCAUGCUGGCAAUUCCUGUUUUCUUUCCAAACUUCCAUUUGGCUGUUUCUAAUUUGGGCAGCUCUCUCCAUUCUGAUCCCCAGACAUGCACGUAAGAAACAUAUGGUAUAGAUGAGAAAUGUGUGGAGCAGUGUGAAAUAAUAAGAUCUUAAUUUUGAGGGUAAAAAAAAGUACAAGAAAAGAAACAAAAAUUUUGUUUGUUGUUUCACAUGUAAAGUAUAUCUGAUGAAUAUGCUGCAUCGCCCCCAAUCAGUCGAAUACUCAUCCAAAUACUUUCCCUCUAACAAGUUUGUGAAAAGCGGGAAACCGACUUUGUGCUAAAUGGACACCACUGGAAUUAAAAUAGGGCGUAUCUGCUGUGGGGUUUUUUAUAUUUAGCCGUAGAUUGACUGAUUUAAAUAUUAGGGUUUAGGUGUUGGAAUAAUCAGUGAGUUGUUAAUUAGAACAAAUAUUCUAUGCAUCUUUUAUUCAGAUGCAAUCACACAAAUGGGGGUUUUAGAACUUAAUAGCCUUUCAAAAAACAGGUGUAAAGCCAUAACCAUUCAAGCAAAAAACUGUCUUGAAGUCAAAAACAUCCAUUCAUUGCCAGCUGCAUUCAUACUGAGGUUCUAGUUUAGUACAUGGCUUCAUGCAACUUUAUUUUUUACAUGUGGUUUCAUGGAGCUCCUCUUGGAGUGACUAGCCAGACUGCCUGUUCCCACUUCAGAAAUCACAGCAAUGUCAAUUAGGAGUGGAACUAACUUCUGAUGUGUGUUGUAACCAAACAAUAGUACUAGACUGGUUGGAUUUUCUAAGAUAAGGUACAAUUAACACAGUAAGUGCUAGACAUUUCUCAAACCUAUAAACACAAUACUUUUUUGUUUACUGAUUCCAUCUUAAUUUUACAGACAUAUUUUCCAACAAUUAUCAUCACCAUGUAGUACUCCUGAUAGGUAAACAAAAAGCAUAUUAUUUGUGACAAAAUUGACAAAAAAAAAAUACCAUUUUAGAUUAAAUAUACCCUUUAAUCAGCUUUGUCUUAAAGUGUUUGCACAAACAGGAACUGGUGUUGAGCUCAUCAUGGGCUGAAAAUGUUUGUUUUGUACAUGACAUGUGAAAAUAGAGACACGUGUAUAUAGGAUGGAGCCUCAGUUUUCUCAAUAGGAUUUCACCCGUAACAUUGAAAUAUUUUUGGAAGGAGGUGCAGUUUUGUCCAAAUAAUUAGAGAAUCAAAGCUCAGGCUAUGAGUGACUACAUCACUUGGAUGUGUUCCACUAGUGCCAAAUGUAAUAGCAGGUUUUUACUGUAUAUGUCUUUUCCUGGAGAUGUGAAGAAGGGUGAUUAUUCAUUUGGCAUUCCACAUUAUGUGGUUUUUGUAACUUUUGCUCGAGGGUGCUCAUUUGUGAGAAAGAUCAUAGUGUCGUGUCACCCCUACACCAGCCUAAAAGCACUGAUUGUUAUCAUCCAAUUAAGUGUAUGAUACCUCUUUUUCCAGAGAUGCACAAAAUAUUGUAUUUUUAGAACUGCAAAGGAAGCAGUAAUGCCUACUGCUGUCAAACAAGGUGGUGGUCAGCAUUCGGUACACCUGUAAUGUAAAAACAUGUUCGUACCAGCUUAUGUGACGGCCAAAGCAAAAAUACAUUGACAGCGCAUUUGAACAUUGGCUUCUGCUGGAAGCGCAAACACAAUGCUCCCCCCUUUCAGCAGACAUGGCUCUAUUUUCCUCAGUGUUUCUUCACCUUUCUACUGCCAGGCCUCUCUGCCUAUAAUGUCAACCGUACAGAUUUUCAGCUGUUCACUCUCAACGGUACUUUUCCCUCCCCAGCGCAUUAACUCUGAAUGGCAGUUAACAGACCAGGUAGCAGGUUGCCAUAGAGACCGGUUAUUUGUGUGUUGCUUACAGCUAACAGCCCGGCAGGAUGCAUACAAGCCACUAUUCAAUAAAAGGCAUCAUGCUUUUAAUCAGCCAUUCUGUCGAAGGGUGGGCGCUCACAGCGGGGUAAUUUCAUGUACAGUGUAGGCUUUCAGCUGCACCCGCUAACAUGGGCUCGAUGCCGCUCAUUGACUAAACAGUCCAUUUGUUUGGGUGACUUUUGCCUACAGUAUUACAUUUGUUUCCAGGUGGCGGUGCUUCAGAAAACCAGCUUUAACGUGUAGAUGUAACCAUAUUCCUGCUAAUUUCUAAAUGGCCAUAGGUGUAUAUAGCAGCGCCAACAUAGCCAGUGCAAUGUAAACAGUAUCUAUUAUUACAAAAUAUUUUUACAUGGACAUAACAUCUAUACUCCUCGUACUACAUUUUACCUUUCAACUUCAUGUUUGACUAAAGGCCUUGCGAAAGGGAGACAGAGAGCCAUAGAAAUAAGAUUUCAAAUCAGGAAAUAGAUAAACCCUUAAAAAAUAUCAAUGCUUUUGGAGAUUAAUCUAUUAUGUAAAAAAAAAAAAAAAAAAGACUAUUUUCUGCGAUUUUCAAUACAUCUGCAAGAUCCUCUUUGAUAUGAAUAACUUUAUCCAAUCCUUUUUGUACAUUGAACGAGUCAAGAAAGUAAAUAUUUUUCUGUUUGUUGGUUUGUGUUUGAUAAAAGGUAGACGUGUUGAAUACAUUAGCAAGUGUUAAACAUGUUUGUCUCGUGAAGUAAAUGUAAAUUCUACACGUCAAUGGGAAAGUCUACCUGAAUGCUCACUGUGUUUUAAAGUUAUAGGGAAGCGAGGGGGGAAAGGAGGGAGGAACGGGAGGUAAGAGAGACUGGAAGAGGUUUUUGCGUUGUAAAAGAGUGACCAAAGCAGAGAAGAAAAAAAAUUAACAAACAGAAGUAUUCAAGCAGUUACACUUUAAGUAGUACUUACUAUCCAACUUCUAGUACUUAUUAUUUUAUUUGAAAGGUAUCUUUUUUUAAAAUCAGGCUUUGGUUCCCAUGUAUAUUGCUUUGAGGAUUUACUGGUCACUUUAAAAUAGAAAAUGAGAUAUAAAAAAAGUUGAAUCUCCAUGUUAAAGUAAAUCUACCAGAGCCUGACGCAAUUGCACUACCCUCAUACUGGUUGAUAAAGUCUAUUUUGUAUAAAAUACAUGCAAAUAUUAAAAUAUUAAUAUUGUUUAAAGAUAAAGGGCAGAUCAUGUUUCACUGGUACAUAUGGCGAUGGCUUUCACUGAAGUCUGUUUUGUUCGUAUUUCAGUUAUGUAAAUGUAAUCCAAUGUAAACACAAACAAAAAAUAUAUAAAAUGUUUGUUUAAAAAAAGAGUUUGUUUCACGCAUUACACCUCUUCUGUAGUCAGUGUCGAUAUUUUCACCUAUUUGAUUAAAUGUUGAAUUAAGUUAUCUGUGUUGUUCUUUGACAUUGGAUUUGGCAUCGAGUUGAUAACAACUUGGAUGAUGAUUUUUGUCAUCACUGGUUGAAAGUGGAAAUUCAGAAAAACUGAUUUAUUUCAAACAUCUUAGACAAUAAAAUUUCCUGUUUUUCAGCGCUCA